AUGGUGGAGACUCUCAGUAUUGCGGUGAUCGGGGCCCCGGCCGUGGGAAAGACCUCCAUCAUCAGACAGUUCAUUUACCAGGACUUCUGCGAGGCCUACGCGCCCACGCGCUCCCGCCUCGUGCACCGUCCCGCCGUCAUCCUCAACGGGGCCAUGUACGAGCUGAAGGUGUUGGACGUGCCCCCCAUCAGUGCCUUCCCCUCCAGCUCCAGCCAGGAGUGGCUGGACCUGCGCUGCCGGGGGGUCCGCAACGCCAACGCCUACAUCCUGGUGUACGACAUCUGCUGCGUGGAGAGCUUCGAGUACGUCAAGAUGAUCCGACAGCAGAUCAUGGACACCAGGGAGGGCAGCAGCAGUGAAGUGCCCAUCCUUGUGGUGGGGAACAAGCGCGACCUGCAGCGCCAGCGCUUCACGCCGCGACGCGCCGUCUCUGUCCUGGUGAAGAAGACUUGGAAGUGCGGAUACGUGGAGUGUUCGGCCAAGUUCAACUGGCACGUGGUCCUGCUCUUUAAGGAACUCCUGGGCAUCGCUGUGUCCAGGGGCGCGCGGCAGAACAACACCUCCAUCAGACUGCAGGGGGCACUGCAGAGAAACCGCUGCACUAUCAUGUGA